UUUAUUUCAACAUCCCCGGGGGUGGUAGCAUCUCAGGUUAAGAAACACAUCACUGGAGGAUGUCACGCAGGGGACCGAGGUGUGUCGCCGAAGCCUCCCGAUGACGCAACCCUCGCCAGCUGACAGACGUAAACAACAGGCCGCGCCGAACCCGCCGCCCUGCCUGGGAUGCUGCUGUCUAUUUAGUUCAGUCACCACACCUUAAACCUUGUUUGAUCUCCAAGGCCAGUACAGGAGCAAGCCAUUGGCCAUGCGGGGGAGAGACACACAAGUCAUGGAGUUCACGACAACCUGACCACUGCAAGCAUGGCCGAGUGUGGCCCCUCCCCGCCCAGCACGUCCCCCAAGACCUUGAAGGGCUUGGUGGUGUAUAGGCUGGCCAGGCUGCUGCUGGAGAGCUCUGUUCCAGUUCACCUGAGGAAGUACUUGCCAGUGUGUAAUCUUCACCUGUCCCAGAGCCAUGUACAGGUGGCCUCAGGGGAGCACUCAGGGGGCUGCCAGUACUGUGAGGGACCCUGCCUGAGGACCGACCUCAACUCAGGCGACAACUGCACAGUGUUUGACGACAGCGAGACAGUGUUUGACGACAUCAUCAUUGCCGAGGCAGGGGAACGCAACGAACACUUACUGAAGACGAAGGAGAAUUUACUGAAGCAGCUGCACGGGGUGAAGUGCUGGUGGGAUGAUGAGGGGUGGUUCGGCAAGCAGGACGCCAAGGUGCGGCGGGAGGUGCGGGAGGCCUGCUCAGACCUGCUGCAGCCCCACCUGGCCCUGUGCAAGUGUCCUCUGAUGCUGCUGACUCUUGAACUGAUGUUCUGCACCAAGGCAGGAUGUGGCAAGAUGGCAGUGCCGCUUUCCAGUCACAUGUGUUCGACUCUGAGCAACUUCCUCAGUGAACUUCAGCCGUUUGGAAUUGAAAGACUGUACACGUUUUCCCUUCAGUUUGGCAGUCCCUCUGUCAUUGUCACCUUGUGCCGGUGUUCUCCUCUUAUUAAGUGGAUCCACCUGAAAAUUGAGUUUGCCAAAGGAGAUAUAUUAAGUGCAAUAGGACUAGCUGCCCCGAACAUAGAAACUGUGGUUGUCAUUGUGAGAGAGUACGAACUGUACCUGGAAAUAUCAUCAACAGUUGAGAUUGUGAUAGCAGGCGGGGAAGACCUGGAGGAUAACUUGUACCGGGGCUUCUUUGGCGGAUCCACCAAGGUUGACAUUGACCAGAAAAUACGAAAUGGGGAGGAGGUAACUCUGUCCUUUCCAAAGCUGAAGUACAUUGACGUGGGAAGCCACCGUGAUGUCAGAGAGUUCCUGCACCAUGUUCUCUACUUCUACCCCAACACCCGCAGCAUCACGUGUGACUCGGAGAGCUGGAUCCUCAGCAAGUAUUCCCUGGCCUUCCCUGUUGUGACUCCAUCCUCCCUAGGCAAUGGCCCGUCAUCCUUACAGGGGAAAGUCAUGACCUACAGCCUUCAGGACAUGAGUUUUUCCUCCUUCUGUCUGGCCUCGAGACUUCCAGACAUCAUUGGGCGGUACAAGAAGCUGGAGCAUGUCAGUCUGCACCUCCUGAAGGGUCCAUGGAAGAUCAACACCACCUGUGAGAUGGCCCGGCAGCUCUUGUGCAGCAUCAACUGCCAGUACUUAACUAUCUGCGUCGACGUGUACAUGAGCAGCGAGGACCUCAUCAGCCUAUAUCUUCCCUCUCUACAGUCCAUUGGCCCUUCCCUCAGGAUCCUGCAGUUCCAUUUAACUAAUGAGGUGAACGUGAGGGCACUGUGCCAGCUGAUCAACAUGUGUGAGGUGCUGGAGGAGCUGGCCAUUGUGUCCUCCUGUGAGCGCUGUGAGGUGGCCGAGAGUGAUGUGGGGGAGGAGGACUUCCACGUCAACAAACUACCCAAGCUGAAGUGCCUCAGCAUAUCGAGUCGCUACAAUGUGACCUCCACACUCUACCAGCUGACCCAGGACCUUCUGCACUCGGCCCCAAACCUCACCACACUGGAACUGGAGAUGGGCGGACGAGGGGCAGCCAAAUGGAUCCUGGAUGUUGCAACAGCCGGAAACUUUACUCAGCUGAAGAUUUUAUACUUGUACCUGCCUGGCUUCCUCUUUGACAGGCAGAUAGUGAGCACAUUCUUCCCCUCGCUGAUUGGCGUGCUGCCAGGCCUGAGCUGCCUGAUGGUAGGCGGCGUGUGUCACUGUGACAUGCAGGGGCUGAGGGCCAAGUACAGGUGGACCAAGCUGAAGGUUGUGGCCAGGGACUCUCCUUACGUGGCGUUCAGAACUCUCUCCUCAAGGUGCUGCUGACUGCUCCUUGCCUAGUCAUAUGUUGCGUGUGUGUGUGUGCAUGCAUGUGUGUAUGAGUAUAUUAAUCUUCAUAUACAGUACUACAAACUUUCUCAGAUGCAACAAAAAGCUCCAGCGACAUCUGAUUUUGAAGAUUCGCAGCCUCACAAAGUCAAGCCAUGGAAGUAAGAUACAUGCCUUGCACUAGCAUUUCCCUCUCACUUGAUGUCCAACCAAAUAAGAUAUCUGUGCCCUCUCCUGUGUUCUCAAGCACUGCUGAGAGAACUCUAACCUGGUAUAAGCCUGAGUGAUGAAGACACAAAACUGUGUGUGUGUGUGUGUGUGUGUGUGUGUGUGUGUGUGUGUGUGUGUGUGUGUGUGCAUGUGUGUCAGACUUCUUUUUAUCUGAGAACUAAUACUUUCUGUCUUGUUAAAAUAUUUCAUCCAUUUUCAUUUUUUUUUUUCAUGCAUUUCUUAUACCAGUUUAGAGUUUUCCCAAUAGAGCACACAAGCUAGUGGCACCUCUUGACAGAACAGCUGUUUGAUAAGCCUGUGAUUGGUCUGGUAGAGUAAGGUGGGGUCACCUGCACAACACAGGCAGGUGAGCUGUGUUCCUGUGAUCCUGGCUGGGUGGAGGAACAAACAGUCUUUCGUUUCAGGCCUUGUCAUGUGAUCAAGGGCCAAAUGUGGUGAUUCAGUAUGAGACUGGAGUAUGUGGAAACCGAUCUUGUGACCGUGUCGAAGUAAAAUACCAUCCAGGCUCAAGUAGACUCAUCAGUGACACAGAAUUUCAACUGAACUACCGCCACACUUGCUCACUGGUCACGUGUUGAGGCCUUUAGGGUCGUUACCAUUAUUCCAUAGGUGAGUGUAAGAUUUGUACAUGGUGGUUCUUCUCUGCUAGGUGUCUAAUUUAUGUACAUAUGGUUGAGUUGCAUUAUACAAUUUUAUUUAUUUCAUUUUAUUUUAUUCUUCCCUUUUUUUGAGGAGAUAGCCUUGGUUUAUGUACGUAUGCAUCUUAUUUUUGUAUUUAAUCUCUUUUAUUAUGCCUUAUUAUGUUUAUUUAUUUUUUUAUCCUGUUUUUGUUUUGCAGUGUAAGUAUUUAUAACAGCAUCCUGCCAUCUUCACUACAGCAAGUCUUUGAUAUACAUUGUGUACAAAUAAUAUAUACAACAACCAGUUAGAGAAGUGAAAAUGUAAAAAUAUAUAUAUUCUCAUACAAGACAAAUAUGAAUACAGUAAAACUUAAAUAUGAGGGCCUUGAAAUACCAAUCAAACCUAUAUAGAUAUACAUUAAUGUACACAUUCCAGUUACACACCAUUCCUUACAAACACUGGUAUUAUAUUCAAGGCACAAGAGUCAAAGGUGUUGUAUAAUUCUAAGCAAGAGAAAGAGAUAGACAGCCAAGGUCAGGUGUCACUCCUUACAAAAACUGGUAUAUUCAAGGCACAAGUGUAAACCAUAUGUCCAGAGUGUUGUAUAAUCUUAGAAUAAGUUAUUAAAAGGAAGAAACAUCAGACAGCUGACAUCAGAUGUCACUCCUUACAAAAACUGGUAUUAUAUUCAAGGCACAAGUGUAAACCAAAUGUCCAGAGUGUUGUAUAAUCUUAGAGUAAGUUAUUAAGAGGAAAAAACACCAGAUCACUAAGGCUAGAAAUCAUUCCUUACUAAAAUUGAUGUGUAAGGUGGUCUCCAAGUGCUAUUUAAUUCUCAAGUAAAUCACUGAAAGGAAGAAACGUCAGACAACAGAGGUCAGCCAAGAACAAGGAACAUAAGACCACAUUAACUUAAAGAAAACGUAGGAAGCUGUAAAAAAUUAUCAAGCCUAUAUGUGGCCGUCCCUCUGUAAAAUAUGCCUGCUUAUUUCCACCUAUCAUCAGACGGUAAUGAAUGGGGAGUGAAAUUGUGGUGCAAAAGGAGAUAUUAUGAAGAGGCAUGAUGAUAUUGGUGCCCUAUGAAGGAAAGGAUGAAUUGUGCAAAUUUAACAGGUGAACAAUGGUUAAAAUUGCUUCCAAAGAAAAGAUGAGGGUUGGUGGAAAUUGUCUCUGGGAAAAAAUAAAAAGAUAAAGAAUCGUAAAAAAUAUAUCUCUAGAAAAAGACUAAUGGUUGAAUUGCCCCGUGAAGAAAAAGAUUAAUGAUGAAAAUGACCAGUGAAAAAAAGAUCAAUGAUGAAAACAGCCAAUGAAGAAAAGAUUAAUGAUAAAAAUGUCCAGUAAAGAAAAAAAAUUAAUGGUGAAAGUGUCCAGUGAGGAAAAAGAUUAAUGAUUGAAAUGCCCAGUGAAGAAAAAGAUUAAUUAAGAAAACGUCCAGUGAAGAAAAAAAAAAAAAUAAAGAAAAUACCCAACAAAGAAAAAGAUUAAUGACUGAAAUACUCACUCAAAAACAAUAUGAGUGGCUGAAGUACCCUGUGAAGACAAAUCUGAGAAUGUGCAUUAUCCAUUACUGUUCAGCAUAAUCACAACCAGCAUUUAUAUCUUCCGCUGUACUGUAGUGCUGCCUUCGGGUCCUCCUCCCUGUGACAAUUGUACUUCUAAGACUCGCUACAUAGAUACUGUUUCCACGGAUAUGUAUAAAGAUGUGUAAUAAAUAUUCCUGACAUGCCUCA